AUGGCUUCCCCUCUAGGUCUUUCUAGGCCAGUAGACAAGACUUUAGAGGACAAAAUACUCUGGGGUGAGUACAUUGACUUUGCGUUACUUUUGCCCGAUACGUUAUACCAGUCCCAGACCCCUGAAAUUCAGCUCCGUUUGGACGACUCGUUCUCAGGCCCCACGGGUUGGUUGGAAAGAAAAAACGAGUAAUUAAUACCUUCCCCAAGUGGCUCGACGCUUACAUGACCUACAUGUUAGUACUUGUGAAUGCCUACCCACGACGGGCACUCGAGCUUAUCAAAUACCAGCAAAUUAUUAGCAGAGCAGUCGCUAAAUUUAAGGGUUUGGCCUGGCUAUCGUACGACCAGCUGUUCUGUCGCCGGGCGGCCUAUGACUUGUCCCUGAGCUGGGAUAAGUUAGACUUUGAGCUAUGGACAGUGACUUUAGCAGGCCUCGCUAAGCCCCACUGCAAUGUUUGCUCGAGUCCUUAUCACGCUGAGGAUGUCUGUCCUUUUGCUGACCUUAACAGAAAAUCUCGCCGCCCCCGGACUGUGUGCUUCGACUUCAACAAGUCCUCUGGCUGCCGGCGCCGAAAUUGCAGCUACCCCCACGUGUGCCGCCGCUGCUAUUCCAGCACCCACACCGCCCCGGAAUGCACCCAGUCACAGCCCAGCAGCGCCAACAAGGCCCCAAGACCGAGCGACCGCAGCAAGAAGUAAAGUGGAGCAGCAACGGCAUAAUCACAUGCCUUUAGUAUCCGCGCCUAUUAACAUUUAUCAUUUAGAGUUAGAAUUAGCUACUCAUCCUGAUAGAACCUUUGUAUAUAAUCUGCUCAGUACACUCAAGGAGGGCGUUCGCAUUGGCUAUACAGGGCCGCGUUCAGACCGGGUCUCCCCGAACCUCAUUUCGGCAGCACGGCACCCUGAAGAAGUUUCUUUGAAUUUGCAGAAGGAAAUAGAGGUUUUAUAUAGAAAAGAUAAGUCGUUUAAGGAACAGAUGACAUAAUUUUUAUUCAUUAUUAUUAUUUUUUGGCCAACAAUAGCUGAAUAACCACACAACAGCUCAAUAACUCAAUAAAUGAGUCUCUCAAUUACCACUGGAAUAUUUCAAAAUGCUUGGAAACGAGCUAGAGUUUCGCCAAUAUUUAAAGAGGACCUCAGGACUGAUCCUAACAAUUACUGAUCUAUCUUAGUUCUGCCUGUAGUGAGUUAAUAAAUUGAAAGAGUUGUUUUUAACUAACUAUAUGAAUAUCUAAAUAAUAAUUACUUGUUAACUUUAUCACAAUCUGUCUUCAAAGCAAUGUUUUCUACCGAAACAGUUUUACUUAAGGUAACAAAUGAAUGGCCAUGGAAUGUUGACAACAAUCUUUUAAAUGGUGUGAUAUUCCUGGACACCUGGAUCAUGCUAUUCUGCUAGGAAAGCUUAAAACUCUAUGGGGUCAGUUCUCAAUCUCUUACCUGGUUCCGGUCCUACCUAUCUGACCGAACGCAACGAACCGUUAUUGAUGGAGCUCAAUCUGAUUUCUGUAAUAUAACAUGUGGUAUUCCACAGGGCUCUAUCUUAGGCCCUCUUUUAUUUACUAUUUAUAUUAAUGAUCCCCCUUCAUUUAAUUUGUUUUCAAAGGCAAGAAUGUAUGCAGAUGAUACUACCCUUACCUCAUCUGCAGGAGACCCAUGUGUCCUUGAACAUAAAAUAAAUUAUGAUUUGAAUUUAAUUCAGUCAUGGCUGUCAUGUAGCAAACAAAUUAACUAUGAAUGUUAAGAAGACUAAAUACAUUCUUAUAGGGAGUCAAUUUCAGUUAUCCCAAAUAAAUAGUGACUUCACAGUCAAAGUCAAUAAUACACCGUUAGAAAGAGUAAUAAAUCACUUGGAGUUCAAAUUGAUGAAUCUUUGAACUGGCGCCCACACAUUAACACCAUUUCAAAGAAAAUAUCCCCUGGUAUUGCUACUUUAAAGCGUGUAAGUCAUUUUAUACCAUUUGAUACUAGAGUGAGUAUGUACAAUGCACUGGUAAUGCCAUAUUUUAAUUACUGUUGUAGCGCUGUAUGGGGUAAUAUCAAUAAGAGACUAGCAGACAAACUUCAAAAGAUGCGUAAUAAGGCUGCUAGAAUUCUCACCUUUUCUAACUUCGUAUGAGGUUCGCUCGAGUGUUUUGUUGCAUGAACUUGGUUGGGAAAGGCUAGAAUAUGUAAGACUUUAACAGUUGGCUCUGACAAUGUAUAAAAUCCGUAAUGACCUUCCCCCCCCCGUAUCUGAGGCCGAUCUUUACCAACACCUCAAAUGUGCACUUAUAUAAUCUUAUAGAAAUUCUCGCCAGACCCAGAACUGAGUCUGCAAAAGGGAGCCUACCCUACAGAGGAUCUGUUCUGUGGAACAAGAUUCCCUCAGAGAUUAGAAAUGUGCCUAGUUUAA